AUGGCAAAAGAGAUAUUUAUAUGCAUUUGCUUGCUCUUCACGUGUUCACUAAGUUUCAAGUAUUUUCAAUCGAAAAUACCAAAUGGAGAUUCUGUACCACAUCCCUGUAAGCCGAAUUAUCUCUGGCAUGGAGUAGGUCACAGGAAUGAACAAGGGGGCGGAUCAAGGAAUCCUUUUGGCGAAGAUUUUGAUGCUGUUGGAAAGGCAUGGACGCAUGAGUUGUGUCGGAAGGACUCGGACGGUGACGGUAAAACCAAUGCAGAAGAACUUGGUGACCCGUGCUGCAUAUGGCGGGAAUACGCUAUUCCGGAUAAAAAUGCAAUUUCUCAUCCUGGUGUGUGCGAACCAUUCAACAGCUCACUCUGUAGGUCAAAGAACACGUGGGUACAGUGUGAACUUGAAACUUUCAAAUGUGACGCCAUCAACCAACCAGGUGUUAAGAACAUAACAUUAAGGUAUCCUGAAACCAAAGUACCUUUUUAUGAAACCAGCUACUUCUGUAUGACCUUUGAACUUCCUAAUGAUGGCGACUAUCAUCUGAUUGCAACAACACCUAACAUUGACAAUGAAUACGUCAUGCACCAUAUUCUUCUGUAUGGAUGCGACGAUUCAGUCACUAAUGAAACAACAGUACCUACAAUAUGUGGAAUGGUACCCGACUCAUGUCUGACUAUUAUUGGAGGCUGGACCGUAGGGACCCACGGAGAAUGUGCUCACAAAGAUGUAGGAUUCCGGAUCGGACAAAACGGAUUUAAAUCUGCAAUUUUGCAGUUUCAUUGGAAUAAUCCUGAGUGGCGAUUUGACUACACGGACAGUUCCGGUAUGACGCUGUAUUACACACCAAACAGACGACCAAACGACGCCACCAUAAUGGUAGUCGGACAGGACUAUCUAGAAAUUCCACCGGGGAAAGAACGCGUGGAAGUGGACGCCGUAUGCUCCUCAGAGGACACCAGAAUAAUUCUAUCUGGUCCUGUUUAUAUCACUAGGUCCUUUAACCAUAUGCAUUACUUAGAUCGGGAAGAAUACAUUGACCAGUACAGGAAUGGGGUCAAAAUUAAUACCUUGACAAGCGAGCCCGACUACAAUUACGAUCGACCCCAAAUUUCAGAGUACGGAUAUUCCAUCGAGGUUUUGCCAGGAGAUGAACUCGGAACAAAAUGUGUGUUCAAAUCAUCGUCAAAAUCCUUUACUACUUUUAAAGGCGAUGCUACUUCCGACGAGAUGUGCUACGGUUUUCUUACAGUUCAUCCAAUGAAAAACGUAAGAUAUCCGUACUGUUUAAGCUGGAGAGGUCUUUCUAAGAUACAAUUACAUUUAUAUCCAGUCAUCGAUGGCUGCGAUACAAAAACUUUCUUAAAUGUCUCGGAUCCCUCUAUGGCGGAUAUUUACCUUAAAAUUGAUCAGAAGUGUUUUCCAUUAUCCACGUGCUUAGAGGAAUGCAAAGAAGUAGUCAAAGAAAUAAAACUUCAUCCGUGCUUACAGGGUGAUAUUGGGAAAAAACUCAAACUGUCGGCCAUACAGUCGGGGGAUGUCAAAGCUCUUUACUUUUACUCUAAGAUAGAGUCAUGUGCCCUUGAAAUGCUGCAAGAAGACAGACAUGGACGCAGGAGUUGUGUCGGAGGGACUCAGACGGUGACGGAAAAACCAAUGGAGAAGAAUUGGGUGAUCCUAACUGCAAGUGGCGAGAAAACACUCUUCCGGAUACAAAUGCGAUUUCUCAUCCUGUGCAGAAUACAGAAUUUCUGCAGAGUGCAGAAUUUUGUUGGAGACGUAAUAUAA